GACACACGCCGAGCAGUAACGCCUUGCAUCCACUGCGCAUGUCAGUAAUUCCGUCUGUGUUUUGAGUUUAUGUAUGUGUGUCUGCGUGUGUGUCCUUUCCCACACGAGUUUACUGCAAUUCCGAAUUCUUACAACCACCGCCAGAAUGGCAGCUGCACCCCCGAAACCAGACGACUCUAGCCGGGGUAGUAGCGGUAGCAGCACGCCCAGUGUCCUUGUCGGGGACGGGGACACUGAAGAGGCCGAGGAUUUCACCUCCUCUUCCCACUGCACAGAGCUUUCUCGGCGGCAAAACGAACAGAGGAAACAGGGAUUGUUCUGCGACGUGACGCUGGCCUUCAGCAGUGGGGCGGCAACCGGGAAUGUUCAGAGCUGUGAGCUUUCCGCUCACCGUUCUGUACUGGCCGCGGCUACGGACUAUUUCACGCCGUUGCUGGGAGGACAGUUCUCCGAGUCGCUGUCGGGUCGUGUUGAGUUGAAGGAAUGGAGCGCUGAAUUGGGACCAGACCCGGAGACGGUGGAGAGUGUCAUUCAGUACAUGUACAUCGGAGAAAUACGUGUGAGCACCUGCAAUGUGCAUGAAGUGUUAGAGCUUGCUGACAGGUUCCUGCUGCUGCAUCUGAAGGAGUUCUGUGGGGAGUUCUUGAAGAAGAAGCUGAGCCUGGCCAACUGUGUUGCGGUGCACAGCCUGGCCCACAUGUACACCCUGGACCAGCUGGCUCUGCGGGCCGCAGACAUGAUCCGACGCAAUUUCCACAAGGUCAUCCAGGACGAGGAGUUCUACACCCUGCCCUUCCACCUGGUGAGGGACUGGCUGUCUGACGCAGAGAUCACGGUGGACGAGGAAGAGGUGCUGUUUGAGGCUGUGGUGAAGUGGGUCCAGAGGAACACAGAACAGCGGGGGAGGUACUUUGAGGAGUUGUUCCGUCUCCUCCGGCUACCCCAGAUUAAGCCCACCUGUCUGACGCGUGUGGUGAAGAAUGAGGCACUGGUGGCGGCCAACGAGGCCUGUCUCCGCCUGGUGUCCGAUGCCGUGGAGGGCCACGCCAUACGCUGUGAGAACCUCAAGUCAGCUGACCUGGAGUUCUGGUCGUCCUACAUGGCCUCCUUCCAGCCGCGCUUCGGCCAGAACAUGGACGUGAUCAUGGUGGUGGGCGGGGUGUCGGAGGGGGGUGACUACCUGAGUGAAUGUGUGGGUUACUUCAUCUACGAGGACCGCUGGGUUAACCUGCCCCACAUCCACAACCACCUGGAUGGCCACGCCAUCGCCACCACAGAGUCCCACAUCUACGUAGCGGGAUCCAUGGAACCGGGCUUCGCCAAGACCGUGGAGCGCUACAACCCCAACCGCAACACCUGGGAACAGGUGAGCAACCUGACCACACGUAAACACUCCUUUGGUCUCACCUGUAUCAAAGAUAUCCUGUAUAGCAUCGGUGGCCACGGCAACUUCAGCCCCGGCUUCAAGGACGUGAGCGUGUACGAGCCUGAGCCGGACAAGUGGCACAACCUGGAGUCGGCGCCCAAGAUCCUGCGGGACGUGAAGGCGGUGAGCGUGGAGGACCGCUACGUAUAUGUGACGGCGCGCACGCCGGUGGACACAGACAACGAGGACGGGCUGAAGACGGUCACCACACGUUACGACACAGAGAGCCGCCAGUGGCAGGAUGUGGACUCCCUGCCGCUCAUAGACAACUACUGUGUGUUCCAGAUGGCCGUAGCCUCCACCAACUUCUACCACACGGCCUCGUGCUGCCCUAAGAGCUACACGGUGCGGGACGAGGCUGCCAAGCAGAAGAUCAGCUCCCACAUAUCAGACGAAAUUCUGGAGAGCUUGCCGCCUGAGGUCACCAGCGUCGAGGGCGCCGCCAUCUGCCACUUCGACGAGGACGUGUUUGUGAUCGGCGGCUGGAAGAACAGCGAUGACGUGGACAAGCAGUACCGCAAAGAGGCCUACCGCUACUCUGCCGAAAGGAAGCGCUGGAUGUUGCUGCCGCCCAUGCCCCAGCCACGCUGCCGCGCCACCGCCUGCCACGUGCGAAUCCCCUACCGCUUCCUGUACGGCUGCCAGCGCUACCCCAUGCCCCAGAACCUGGCCCGCCAGCGGGACCGUAUGCAGCAGAUGCAGCAGCUACACCGGCGCACCCUCACCCUGCGCAGGCAGCUGCAGUCUCAGAUCGAGUGCUGAGCUAUCGCAACCCCUGUCUGUCCAUCACAUCCACACCAGUGGGGGAGCAGCCCAGUCCAGCUCCAAGCCCCAAACAUCCCCUGGCAGCCAUCGUCAUCAACCCCCACCCAUAACCUGCUGGAGCAGCGGCUCCUAUGUUGCUCAUGUUGGUUCUCUUUCAAGAGAACUCUGUGCCAGAUCAUCAGGUUGAGACUAUGGUGUUGGUUGAGACUAUGGUGUUCAAGGCUGGGAGAUGUGGGAGGGAUGUGACUCUGUGCUGGCCAGGUGUUAGUCUAUGUGGGGAGGACAGGCUGAAUGUUACAAAUGUGAAUAGAGUGUUGUACAGUGACCAACAUCGGACUACACUACGUAUGUAUGUCAGGCACAGGUGAUGUUUGUCUUUUUAUACAUGCAUAUAGUAUAUAGUUGUAUAUGUAUACUUUUAUUAUAUAUAAAUAUUUUCUGUCCCCCUUUUAUGCUUAUAUGAUGUAGGCAAUGUGACCCUUCAAUAAGGCAGAAUCUAUAUUCCUCCAAUCCAAUGUGUUUAGUGAAGUCAGUCGCUCUCUAUGACAUUCCAUCAGGACACUGACAGUCUCUCCAUGCAAAUAUCAUUCAUACAUGCAUGCAUACAUACAUACAUACAUACAUACAUACAUACAUACAUACAUACACUCUGUCCAGCUGUAGGGUCGGGACAGUACCAGUAUUGCGAUACUCGUUAGUGUCGUGGCAAGUGAACGUAACACGAAGCAGAUUUAACUUUGUUAGUAAAACAAACAUUUUAUGUCAUCCAGAGUCACAUUUCUUUUUCCAAGCUAUAGCACACAAUAUGUUACAUACAGCAGGUUAUUAAAGGACCUACGGGUUCGGUCUGUUUCGUGUAUUCAUUUUUGCCAUGGAAAAAUGAUUGCCAUACUGGUGUCAUCCUGGCCCUACCAGUCAGUCGGACCAAACCCUUACCGAUGCCUGAUGGCUUUUCUGUGCUUUAUACUAGCCUCAUCUGAAUGGCUCCGCUUGUUGUUAUUAUAGCUUUGAUACAGUAGCUCAACAUGAAUGAAAGGAGAAUGGUCUUAUAUUUAUUAUCAGAUCUACGGUCCAAUCAAGAGUGGACAACUUAAUUAGUGAUUUACCAUCACUAUCUAUGUGGGCUGUGGUUUUCCCCUGUUUCCUUAAUGGAGCGCAGUAAAUUAGACUUCUCUCCUCCCCUGGUUGCUUAUUACUGACGAUCGAUAGUGUAUUUCUUUGAGCAGUCAGUGCAGAGAGGGGUAGUCAAGAGAGAAAUCUCCCAUGUGGCAUCAGUUAGAAAGAUAAGAAGUUGGAAAAGAGAUGGUGGGAGUCUGAGACAGAUGGGGAGAGUUUAUUCAUCCAUCCCCAUUCUCUUAAUUAGACUCGUGUGCACCCAUCCGUCUGCAAGAGUGAUGGUCAUCAUUCUGUUCAUGUCUGAGUCUUGUGGAAAAUUCUCAUUGUCAGUGUUUUCUGACAGGUAUCUUAAUUUAAAUAUUUUUCAUUGCUUUUUAAAAAAAUUUUUUACCCAAUUGGUAGUUACAGUCUUGUCUCAUCUCUGCAACUCCCACAGGAGUCGCUAGUGCGCGAUGAGACAAGGACAUCCCUGCCGGCCAAAUCCUCUCCUAGCACUACGAUGCAGUGUCUUAGACCGCUUUUGGCACUCGGACGGCCCCUUAAUGAACCAGUCUUAACUUGGUAACAUUCCAUUGAUCAUUUGAAAUUCCAGCAACCAUUCUGUUGAAUUAUUCUUCAGUCUUCUGCUCGUCACAUUCCUGUUGGUAGGAACAUUGUGUAGAAGGACCUAGGUGGGAGUUUAUGAAUGUUUCUCUUCUUAUUUUGUCUGCAUUGGUUUUAUUGAGUUUAAUGGCUGGAGGGUGUGGUUCCGAUGGGGGACUUGAUUACGUGUGUGUCUGCGUAUGGUAAAGAAUGCUGGACAAAGCUGGUGAAAAGCAUGCUUCGUAGUGCACUUGUCUACCCCUUAAUCAGUUUGUAAUAUUUAAGUCCGAGUGGGUUUACCUGUCAUAUUUGUCUUCAGACAUGGCCGAUUUGUAUUUUCUUUUCUUUUAAUUGAUCAUUGAAUCCAACACCAGCCGAUAAUCUAUUCUGUUCCCAUGUGAGAAAAUAUGUACACUACAGUGAUUUGCAUAGUAAACCAAAAUGAAUGUGAUGUGAAGUGUGAGGGGGCCCUGUUGCUGUACCUCAGGCUUAUUCAGGGGUUCAUCUGAGAGAUCCUGCCACAUUGGUGUAUGUUCUCCUCACCCUCCAAAGUCGGUCAGAUGAGCUGUAUAGACCAGUGGUUCCCAACCAGGGGUACUAGGCCUAUCCACAGGGGGUACUUGAAAAGACUGAGUCCAUAGGGUUAGUGGUAAAAUGCACAGGGGGGGGGGGAUGGGGGGAUUCCGGGCAGAGCAAAAUUCAGUUGGUGGUAACCAAAAAAGAUGGUGAACCACUGGUAUAGACUAGAGGGUAUCCUUAUGUUACUGAGCGGAAUGACAAUAUCAACAAUAUCAAGGUGAAUGUGUUGCCAUUGAGUUCAAGAGUUCAUUGAUUGUUAUAAGCACUAUCCCUGAAGCUCAUUUAUAACGUAAAGCACUAUAAUUUUGAGAAUGCAAUGAAAGUGUAUUUCCUCAGUUUUGUUCCUCUUACAUAGCAUUUGAAAGAAUAUUAUUGACAUAUGUAGGCAAUAUAUAUUUUGCUUUGCAUGUGGCCGUCUGGCAUUGUGUCAAUAUAUUGGAUGUAAAAAAAAAAAGAAUGCUGAUGUCAUCACUUGCAAUUAAAAUGGCUAUUUUUUUAAUACAA